AUGAAGGAGAGCCUCCUUAUGCUUAUGGCAAGCCAGCUAAGCACUUGGAUCAAUUCCCAGAGGUCGCGUUAUGGAAAGCAUACUGCAACCAAGUCUGGCCAGGGGGCCCCCACCCGUCUUACCGAAUGCGACCAGUGGAUCAAGAAGUCAUGGGCUUUUCUGGAGGACUACAUAGUCCGGGUACCUUCCUGGGAAAGUGGUUCCAGGCUUGCCAGGACAAAAAUAUCUGUAGCUACCACCAAAGACCACAACAGCGUUGUUUCGACCUCGUACUUUGCCUCUGCACUGCCACCCGUUGAUUCCAGUGAUGAGGAGCAGAGCCACAGCAGCUCCAGUCAGGCCUCAUAUGAGGGCAAGAAGUGGAAACACAAGACAACUUCUUCUGGGGAAGACCUCCAACAGGCUUUGUUUGAAUGGCUGAUGGAGCAGGCGUCCCAGACCCAAGAAGAAAGUAAGGCACUGACAGCACCCAAGACUGCAAACAAGUGUGCUGUAGAUGCUUUUGUCAGCUACCUUUCAACUCAGCUGGUUCAGAUACGGGAAGAAGACUGGCUUCCUUUCACAGUGGACACCAUUCAACUGGUCAACAGUUACAUCACCAGGGCCAGGGCGGUGGUAUAGUACAGAGUGUCUUUGCAGUAGCAGUGGCAGCCCUACACCGUAAGCUAUCGCACCCUCUCCCUCUCCUAUCUCCACAGCAUCGCAUCCACAGGACUAUCCUUCCAUGGGUACACCCCAAUGUGGUGCUGUUUCACCUCCUCAGGCAGGUACCAACCAUUAAAAAAAAGGGUCUGACAGCAUUUUAUUUACAAGGUUUGUGAGUGGUUAUGGUGCUGUUGAUGUUUCACUCUUACAACACAGCUGUUAGACUCAUUUACAGAUGUAAACAG